AUGCACAAUGGGCAAGAGCAAAAAAUCUUCGGGAACCUCGCGCUCAGUGCGCAUCUCCAGCCAGCUACAUCUGCUAGUGGCACCCGAUCCUGGGAGAAGAUGAAAGAUGGACUUGAGCGAGAGACUGCAGGCCUUAGUGCCGAGUCACGUGAGCUUUUGUCCCAAAUCCGUGGAGAAGAGAUCCCUUCUGAGGUCAUAGACGAUGGUAUUCCCAUGUCAUCUGGUGAAGGAGGGGAUGUAAUGGACUGGGAAACGCUCCCAGAUGAUGAAGAGGGGUCGUUUGCUUAUGCUGUCCGAGAUAUCAUCUCUAGCCGAUGGAAAGGAAGAUGGUACAAGGAUGCACGUACCUGGCGGCUUUGCCUUGAGCAUGUGCAAGCCAACUGGGCCCCUCUGCUUGACGCUCUCACCGAUAUCUACCUCGCUUGGUGCUAUCCUUCGGCUCCUGACCAUCCAGCCACUUCAGAUGCCCUGCCAUUAUCUCGACUGCCUUUGAGCAUGGAAAUGUGCCCUGAUGACGACGACUACAGCUUCACAAUCGAGGUCAUUGACAUCUAUACCCUCGACACGACAGUGCGCAUCCCACGGUCCUGCGAGAGUCGUUCUCAAGCAGAGGCUGUCGCUGCUCAAGGAUAUCUCCCAACGACACCCAUCGAUCCCACACUGGCUAUAUCAUUCAAGACUCUAGAGUUAUUCCGUCGCCUUCGACUGCGGAAGGCAUCCUUCAGUGCUGAGGCCUUUGCAAAGAUACCAUACAGACGAAGAUAUCGCUUAGCUUUGAGCGACGCAUUCGAUAUCUACCUCUCGAUUCAUCAAAAAAUCGAGAAACACGUUCAAGAGGCACUCGGUCGGGACACACCGAACUGGCGAGUGCUCAAUGCAUGCCCAGCCUGUUGUUAUGAGCUUGAAAAUGAGCCUUCGCUUCAUUUCGGUCGUAUGUACUGCUUCGACGGCAACAAUUCGUUGAAGCGGAUUGCGAAGAUUGGCAACCGCCGUGUGGGCGACACUCGUACUUUCGAAGACAGCGAUUACUUUCUGAGUUCUGAAUUCAUCGACCAAUAUGCAAAUGAGGUGAAGUCGAGGUGGGAUCAUGUGGCGCAAGAGGACGAGUCCCAGAUCAUGCCUGAUCAUGAAGUCGAUGCCGACAACGAUGCGAAUCUCACAGACAGCAUGAACGUUGACUCCGCCACUUGCACGUGUAUGCAAAACUGGAAAUCCGUGGCGUCUGAGGAGAAGAAGAAGAUGUGGGGCAUCUUCGAAGAGACGGGGAUCUUUGCAAGUGCCUGCCGACACGGCCUCAUCCUAUGGAUUGCAGAUAUGAUCUGUAGUGGUGAAUUAGCAAAGUAUCCUCUCGCAAUGGUAGCAAAAGCCCUUGAACUCCUCGGCCCACGGUCAAUGGGUGGCUACGACAUCGCAUGCAGCUUCCUCAUUACCAUCCUUGAGAGCUGCCUCGGUCCUAAGUUCCAACAUCUCAGGGCAAGCCUAUGCGUGAACGCCUUCCACGGCUAUACCCACAAUCACGCAUGUCAAACAAAGAACCAUCCAAAUAUCAUUGAAGGCAUGGGGCUCGAGGACUUGGAGACAAUGGAGCACAUCUUCAGUGCCUCAAACCAGCUCGCCUCCAUUACAUGA